AACAUUGUCUCUCCAUGAUUUUUCUUGUCGUGUCUAUCUUAUUUUGGAUGAAGAAAAAACGGCAAAACUCUCACACAAAUGGGGGUUACACUACUUCGCUCAAUCUUCGGUCUCUGUGCCGUCUCAUCUUCAUCAAGAGUAACUGAUUUCCACUCUUCAAAUCUCCGACGCCGGACAUCCACCUUGAAGCAACAACUCACGGCGAUCAAAUCCGUAACAUCCACUGAUCCUCCUCCUUCUAGGGGUAUUCGACGGAGACGUAAGAAUACGGAUGAAAACGUGUUGGAGAAUCCGUAUUCGAAAAUGGAGAUGGCGCGUCCCGAUUUGCGGAAAAGCUUGUCGGAUUUUUUGGAAGAAGCGAGAGAUUUCGUUGGAGAUGGAGGAGGUCCACCUCGUUGGUUCUCUCCGUUGGAAUGCAGGGCUCAAGCUCAAGGCUCUCCUCUCCUCCUCUUUUUACCUGGGAUCGAUGGUACUGGACUAGGGCUCAUUCGCCAUCACAAGAAACUUGGGGAGAUUUUUGAUAUAUGGUGCCUUCACAUUCCAGUCAGUGAUCGUACUCCAUUUAAAGACUUGGUGAAGCUUAUUGAGAGGACAGUGAAGUCGGAGAACUACCGUUUACCAAAUAGACCAAUAUAUUUAGUUGGAGAAUCUACUGGAGCAUGUCUUGCAUUAGAUGUUGCAGCCAGGAAUCCCGACAUCGAUCUUUCUCUGAUCUUGGUUAAUCCAGCCACACAUGUCAACAACUUCAUGUCAAAACCUCUAUUAGGAAUGCUGAAUGUUUUACCAGAUGGAAUUCCCACACUAUUGGAAGACGUAUUUGGUUUUAAGCAAGGUGAUCCAUUGACUGGAAUAUUAGACGCUUUGUCAAAUGAAUUUUCCGUCCAGCGAAUGGGCGGAGUGGGUGGAGGGAUUCUAAGAGAUCUCUUUGCAGUUUCAGCUAAUCUUCCAACUGUGUGUAGGAUGUUCUCUAAGGACACAUUGCUUUGGAAGCUUGAAAUGCUAAAGUCUGCUAUUGCUUCUGUGAAUUCUCACAUAUACUCAGUCAGAGCUGAAACACUCAUACUUCCAAGUGGACGUGAUCAAUGGCUGCACAAUGAGGAAGACAUUGUCAGAUACUCUCGCACGUUGCCAAAUUGUAUUGUACGAAAGCUUGUUGACAAUGGACAGUUUCCCCUUUUGGAGGACAGCCUAGAUCUGGCUACUAUCAUCAAGCUUACUUGUUUUUAUCGCCGUGGGAAGUCUCAUGAUUACAUUUCAGAUUACAUUAAACCUACCCCUUUUGAGUUACAACAACAAUUAGACGAGCACCGAUUCCUAAUGGAUGCUAUUUCACCUGUAAUGCUAUCAACUCUAGAAGACGGUAGAAUUGUAAGGAGCCUUGAAGGAUUACCUUCAGAGGGACCGGUUGUGUACGUUGGCUAUCACAUGAUAUUAGGAUUUGAGUUGGCUCCAAUGGUAGGUUUACUCCUGAUAGAGAGGAACAUUCACAUGCGUGGUUUGACACAUCCGAUGGUAUUUAUGUAUAUCCAAGACUCGUUAGUUAACCCGAAGACGUUUGACAAAUAUAAGUUAAUGGGUGGAGUUCCUGUCUCCAAUAUGAAUUUCUACAAACUACUGCGUGAAAAGGCUCAUGUGCUUUUGUAUCCUGGAGGUGUCCGUGAAGCCUUGCAUAGAAAGGGUGAAGAAUACAAGCUGUUCUGGCCAGAACAAUCCGAGUUUGUGAGAGUUGCAUCUAAAUUUGGAGCGAAAAUCGUUCCUUUUGGUGUUGUUGGAGAAGACGACAUCUUCAAUAUAGUCCUGGAUUCCAAUGAUCAAAGAAACAUCCCUAUCUUGAAGGAUUUAAUGGAGAAGGCAACAAAGGACGCUGGCAACCUAAGGGAAGGCGACGAAAGCGAAUUGGGAAACCAAGAUUGCUAUAUCCCAGGACUUGUACCUAAGAUUCCAGGGCGGUUCUACUAUUACUUUGGGAAACCAAUAGACUUAGCAGGUAAAGAGAAAGAGCUGAAAGAUAAAGAAAAGGCACAAGAGAUUUACUUGCAAGCAAAGAUCUCCGGUCAGAACAAGAGAUUGAACAAUAAAUUCUCGGAAGUAGACACUUUCUUUCAGAAUAUUCUUGACGAGCAUCUUAAGCCUGGAAGAGAGAGCUCUGAUAUUAUUGACGUGAUGAUCGAUAUGAAGAAGAAGCAAGAGAAAGAUGGAGAUCCUCUUAAGUUCACCACUGAACAUCUCAAAGGGAUGAUCUCGGACAUAUUUGUAGCAGGAAUUGGCGGAGUCGCUGGCAUAACACUAUGGGGAAUGACCGAGCUGAUCAGAAACCCGAGAGAUGAAGCCAAAAAGAUCGUUACUGGGGACGAAGAAGUUUUUCUUGCCUACUUUCAAGUUCUUCACCACUGAAUAUGGUUUGGUUUUAUGUACACUAGAUUCUAAGAUAAUAAAUGAAAAUUGUAUCU